ACUCCCUUGAUGUUUGAAAGCCCUCUCUGGCGGCUAAUGCUAUAUUUCUCCAAUUGCUUUUAGUCUACAUUGUCUAUUGUGCGUUGUGGUGUGCAUUUAAAAAUUAAGUUGUUCUUUUUUACUAUUGUCGGAACCUAAACACAGUAUUUAUAAUGUUUCGAAUGAAGUUUGUUACCGUAACAAGUGUUGCCAUAGGAGGAUAUUUGGCUGGGCUCGCAACCGAGAAAUUCUAUCGAUCCCCAAGUGUAGAUUUAGAACGUACUGAAAACUCAACAUCCAAUCAUAAUAAUAACCUCUUGCCUAUGCCGGGCUUACCAAUAUUUGGUACAGUAUCCGCUGCUUCAAUGGUACCUUCCAAAGCUAGUUUUAAAGAAGUGAAAAAUAUUCCUCCUGAACCUUCUAAUAAUGCCCCUAGAGUUUCUCAGAUAAUGAGAUUUGGAUUCCCUGGACUAGACAAUGUACGGUCCCUGGAUGAUUACGUAUUGUCAUAUGAUAGAAGAAAUAGAACUGCUCAUUGGGUGUUUGAACAUUUGACAGCUGAUUUUGUUGCUUACAAUGAGAAAGUUGAUCGAUCAAAAUGUGAUUUUGCUGAAGAUGAAUCCAUUCAUCCUUACUUCAGAUCAUCAAAUGCUGACUACAAAGCUAGUGGCUUUGACAGAGGUCACUUAGCAGCAGCUGGAAAUCAUCGUAAGGAUCAACUGCAUUGCCAGCAGACCUUUCUGUUAUCCAACAUGUCACCACAAGUUGGAAAAGGAUUCAAUCGAGAUUCAUGGAAUAGAUUGGAGAGACAUGUUAGAAAUCUCACUAAAACAAACAGAAAUGUAUAUGUGUGCACAGGACCACUCUACCUGCCCAGGAAGGAAGAUGAUGGCAAAAUGUAUGUAAAAUAUCAGGUAAUUGGCAAGAAUCAUGUUGCAGUGCCUACCCAUUUCUUCAAAGUCGUAGUCAUAGAAAAUCAGAAACAAGAGCUUUCUUUGGAAUCCUAUGUUAUGCCAAAUCAACCUAUAGAUGACAAAACUCCACUGUCUGUAUUUCAAGUACCUCCAGAAACAGUAGAAAGAGCUGCUGGACUUUUAUUUUUUGACAAACUGUCAAUUGACAAGUUAAAAACUAUAAAUGGCAAAAGCCAAGUUUGGUUGUAAUUUACAGUGCAUACAUGAUAGUACUACAACCCAUUAUUUGAGAGCUUUGUGAAAAAUAGUACAAUCAUGUAAAACAAUUAAAUUUUUCAUUUCAAAUAUUCUUUUUCUUUUAUAUUUCAUGAAAAAGAAUACAAGAAUUGACAAUCAUA